UCUGCUUUAAGACUUCGUCCAGUACCUUGGGCCAAAAACUGCGACACAAACUACUCAAAGUUAACAGAAAUUGAUUCCACUCUAAACCAAAAACAAUACUUCAUAAUCUAUAGCAAGUUGAGACAUACUAUUAUUAGCUAUAAACCUGAGCUCACUUCAUCUCAUCAAUUGUAUCCCUCUUGAAUUUCUUGCUUUGUAGAUAUUCUUUCACUGCCAUUUUUUGCUUAUCAUCCAUGGAGCAUAAAAAAUCAAAAGAGAUUGCUGCAUGGGAUGUUGAGAAAGCUGGCUGCAAAGACUUUAAAGUUCACGUGUUUUCUUCUUCUUCAGAGUUGCUUGAAAAGCUACAUGAGAAAUGGAGUUCAGUGAAAAAGCAACCAUACCCAGCAAUGUAUUCCAGUGUGUUUGGUGGAAUUAUUCUUGAUCCUGCAAUGAUGGUGAUUCCUAUAGAUGAUCACAUGGUUCACCGUGGGCAUGGCGUGUUUGAUACAGCUAUAAUUUUUGAUGGAUAUCUAUAUGAGCUUGAUGUCCAUUUGGACCGCCUUCUACGAUCAGCAUCAAAAGCAAAAAUAUCCUCUCCCUUCCCUUGUUCAACAGUUCGAAACAUUCUUAUUCAAAUGACUGCAGCGUCAAAAUGCAAGAAAGGAACAAUAAGAUUCUGGCUCAGCGCAGGGCCUGGAGACUUCUUGCUUUCGCCUGCUGGAUGCCCAACUUCUUCUUUCUAUGCAGUAGUUAUUGAUGAUGACUUCUCCCAGCACAAGGACGGGGUUAAGGUGAUAACUUCCACUACUCCCAUGAAGUCAUCUAUGUUUGCAACUAUGAAGAAUGUGAACUAUCUCCCAAACGUCCUUUCGAUAAUGGAAGCCGAAGAGAAGGGAGCAUUUGCUUCCAUCUGGGUUGAUGAUGAAGGUUAUAUUGCUGAGGGUCCAAAUGUGAAUGUGGCCUUUAUAACUCAAGAUAAGGAGCUUAUCUUGCCUUCAUUUGACAAGAUCCUUAGUGGUUGCACUGCAUUAAGGCUUCUUCAACUAGCACCUAAAUUGGUUGAGCAAGGGCGAUUAACAAGUGUUAAAACAGCUGAUCUUACUGUCGAGGAGGCUAAAAAGGCAGCUGAAAUGAUGUAUGUUGGAAGCACACUUCCUGUCUUGCCAAUUGUUAGGUGGGAUGAGCAACCUAUUGGAGACGGUAAGGUGGGAGAGUUGACAAUGGCACUCUCUGAUUUGCUUUGGGAUGAUAUGGUUGCUGGCGUUGGUAUGCAAAGAGUACCUGUUCCUUAUGAGUAGCUUAACCACAUAUUGAUGCAGUAAGUGAGACCACAGGAAAUUUCAACUUAAGUUUCAGCUUCUCUCAUUGCUCAUUUGGUGUAACUUGUCUAAGGACUUUCUUUGGAUGAUUCAUUGUUCAUGGAAAGCAAAUUGAGUUUGCUUUUGUUC